AUGUCGCCCGCCAUCGAGGACGCCCAGGUGCAAUGGCUCGAGCAACUCGAUGCUAUGCGCAAAGCCAUUGCCGAACUCAAUCUCCCUGCUGAUGCUGAAAAGGCGCCAGCAUACGGAGAUGAUCUUGAACUCAACGACGACGACUUCUCUGGAACUGCCAGCGGUGAAGAUAUCUGGGAUGUCAUCAGUGAUGAGUACGAGGAAGAGUACAGCAGUGACCACCUGGACCAAUUCCUGGACGGGCAAGCUACAGGAGAGGUUUAUAGCCAGCAAUGGCUAGCAGAGAAAUGUUCUGAAGUAGCUCGAAGCAGUUCUGGUCUGGAUUCUGGAGCGUUGAAGGAGCAGAUUACAGCGAUCUUGUCCAGUGACAGCAACGACGAAGAGUUGCAAAUGAUGCUCGCGGACAUUGUGGGAUAUGGGGAGCUGGAUCUGGUGGCGGACCUUAUAUCACAUCGAAAGGACAUAAUGAGAUCCCUACAUGAACCCACUCCAGCUCAGGGCAGUGGUGUCAUGGGUCGUUUGCAGACUCGAGCCGAACGCGAAGAAGCGUUGCGCCGCGCAGACUGGGAACACAAGACAGCUACUUUAGCGCCUGCUAUGGACCGAACAGGUCCCCAAUAUCCUCACGUGUAUCGGACUCACGAAGCCGGUAACAAGCUUUCAGCUUAUGGCAAGAAGUACGCGCUACCUCCGGACACUGUACACCGCGAUAACAACCUCUACGAAGAAUAUGAGAUCCCUGCAGUAGCUGUAGGUACUGUUGGCGUAGGUCGAAGGCUGCUAGAGAUCCAAGAACUGGACGGUCUUUGUCAGCGUACCUUUAAAGGCUACAAGUCACUCAACCGGAUGCAGAGUCUUGUAUACCCAGUUGCAUACAAAACUAGUGAGAACAUGCUGAUCUGCGCACCUACGGGUGCUGGUAAAACAGAUGCUGCCAUGCUCACAAUCCUCAACACCGUGGCCAAGAACGUUGUGCCGAAUCCAAUCGACGAGCCGGAAGCCACCGACUUUACUGUCAUGACGGAGGACUUCAAGAUUAUCUAUGUCGCACCCAUGAAGGCGCUCGCUGCUGAGGUUACUGAGAAGCUUGGAAAGCGCCUAGCGUGGUUGGGUAUCAAGGCUCGCGAACUCACUGGUGAUAUGCAUCUUACCAAGGCUGAGAUCUUGGAUACGCAAAUCAUAGUCACUACACCAGAAAAGUGGGAUGUGGUGACAAGGAAAAGCACAGGAGAUACCGAACUGGUACAGAAAGUACGACUGCUCAUCAUCGACGAGGUUCACAUGCUGCACGAUGAGCGUGGAGCUGUUCUGGAAAGUUUAGUGGCCCGCACCCAACGACAAGUCGAGAGUACACAGUCACUCAUCCGGAUCGUCGGUCUCUCAGCGACACUUCCGAACUACGUCGACGUGGCUGACUUUCUUCGAGUGAAUAAGAUGGCCGGCCUUUUCUACUUUGACGCUUCAUUCCGUCCUGUACCCCUGGAGCAGCACUUCAUUGGCGCAAAGGGGAAGCCGGGUUCUGCAAAGUCACGCGAAAAUGUGGAAAAAGUGGCUUUCGACAAGGUUGUGGAAAUGCUCAAGCUGGGUCAUCAAAUAAUGGUGUUCGUGCAUUCAAGGAAAGAUACAGUCAAGACUGCUAGGCGGUUGUAUGACAUGGCUAUGGAGGAACAGUGCACCGAUCUAUUCGACCCGCAAGAUCAUCCCCGGUAUGAGAAUGCUGUGCGCGACAUGAAACAGUCAAAAGGUCGAGAACUACGCGAGCUACUUGGAAAAGGCAUGGGUACUCACCACGCCGGUAUGCCUCGUUCUGACAGAAACUUGAUCGAGCGUCUCUUUUCCGAGGGCGUGUUGAAGGUGCUCUGCUGUACAGCGACGCUUGCUUGGGGUGUCAACUUGCCCGCUGCAGCGGUCCUCAUUAAGGGUACCCAAGUCUACAACGCCCAGGAAGGUAAAUUCACCGACCUUGGUAUUUUGGACGUUUUGCAAAUUUUUGGUCGUGCUGGUCGACCUCAGUUCCAGGACACUGGUAUCGGCUUUAUCUGUACCACGCACGAUAGGCUUGAUCACUAUAUGCGCGCUGUGACUGAGCAACAGCCUAUUGAGUCAAGAUUUUCCGCAAAAUUGAUAGAUAACCUCAAUGCUGAAAUCUCAUUGGGUACAGUAACGACCGUGUCCGAAGCUGUCACGUGGCUUGGUUACUCGUACCUGUUCGUACGGAUGCAGAAAAGCCCGCUGAUGUAUGGCAUUGAAUGGUCGGAGAUCCGCGACGACCCACAGCUCGUGGGAAGACGCCGGAAGCUUAUUAUCGACGCCGCACGAAUCCUACAGAGGAGCCAGAUGAUAAUCUUCAACGAGACCACUGAAGAUCUUCGAGCGAAGGAUGUCGGACGAAUCGCGAGUCAGUAUUACGUUCAGCAAUCGAGUAUAGAAAUCUUCAACACUAUGAUGCGGCCUCGUAGUACGGACGCGGAUGCUUUGGCUAUGGUCAGCAUGAGUGGCGAGUUUGACCAGGUGCAAUCACGCGAAUCCGAGGAGAAGGAGCUGUCAGCGCUUAAAGAAGAAGGACAUGUCAUCACACAAGUCAAGGAUGGAUAUGCCACAUCGCACGGAAAGACAAAUUACCUCCUUCAAGCUCACAUCUCACGAGCACGACUAGAAGACUUCACACUCAUUUCAGACACAAACUACGUAACCCAGAAUGCCGCGCGUAUUGCGCGUGCGCUUUUCAUGAUUGCGCUUAAUCGGCGUUGGGGUUACCAGUGUCGCGUACUUCUCAGCCUUUGUCAGUCUAUUGAACACCGAUGCUGGUCUUUUCAGCAUCCAUUGCAUCAGUAUGACCUCCCACAGCCGGUCUUGCGUGCGCUCGACCACAAGUAUCCUUCAAUACAGACUCUGCGCGACAUGGAUUCAACGGAGAUAGGAGACAUGGUCCAUAAUAAGAAGAUGGGCGGCGUGAUCUCGAAGCUCAUGAACAACUUCCCGACCUUGAGCAUUGAAUCUGAGAUCGCUCCGCUCAACAGAGAUGUACUACGAAUACAGCUGUUUCUCACACCCGAUUUCGUCUGGAAUGAUCGCCACCAUGGUACUUCCGAGUCGUUCUGGAUUUGGGUAGAGAACUCCGAGACAUCUGAGAUCUAUCACCACGAGUUCUUCAUCCUCUCGCGGAGGAAGUUGUACGAUGAUCACGAACUCAACUUCACGAUCCCGCUGUCUGAUCCUUUGCCGACGCAGGUAUACGUUCGCGCCUUGUCUGAUCGUUGGCUGGGCGCAGAGACGGUUCAUCCCAUAUCUUUCCAGCAUCUUAUCCGACCGGACACCGAGAGCGUUUACACAGAUCUACUGAAUCUCCAGCCUCUACCCAUCGCUGCACUGAAAAACCCUUUGCUGGAGGAAGUCUACGCGCAACGCUUUCAAUAUUUCAACCCUAUGCAAUCGCAGAUCUUCCACUGCCUAUAUCAUACACCCGCUAAUGUUCUACUUGGAUCGCCGACAGGUAGUGGCAAGACCGUUGCAGCUGAGCUUGCAAUGUGGUGGGCAUUCCGCGAGAAGCCAGGCUCAAAGGUUGUGUACAUUGCGCCUAUGAAGGCACUUGUCCGCGAGCGUGUACAAGAUUGGGGCAAGCGACUUGCUGGUCCGAUGGGGCUCAAGCUUGUUGAACUGACUGGUGACAACACUCCAGACACACGCACUAUUCGUGAUGCUGAUAUCAUCAUCACGACUCCAGAGAAGUGGGACGGUAUCAGUCGUAGUUGGCAAACUCGCGGUUAUGUUCGCCAAGUCAGCUUGGUCAUUAUUGACGAGAUUCAUUUGUUGGGUGGAGACCGUGGUCCAAUUCUGGAAAUCAUCGUCUCACGUAUGAACUAUAUCGCAUCGCAGAAGAAAGAUGGCUCUAUUCGCCUGCUUGGCAUGUCAACAGCCUGCGCCAACGCAUCGGACCUUGGAAAUUGGCUGGGUGUCAAAGAGGGCUUGUUCAACUUCCGGCAUUCUGUUCGCCCAGUACCGUUGGAGAUCUUCAUCGACGGCUUCCCAGAGCAGCGGGGCUUUUGUCCGCUUAUGCAGUCGAUGAACCGGCCGACGUUCCUUGCAAUCAAAGCCCACUCGCCAGAGAAGCCAGUUAUCGUCUUCGUAGCUUCGCGUCGCCAGACUCGUCUAACAGCUCGCGAUCUCAUCAACUUCUGUGGUAUGGAAGAUAAUCCAAGGCGCUUCCUGCGCAUGUCUGAAGACGACCUGGCCGUCAAUCUCGAUCGGGUCAAAGACGAUUCGCUACGUGAGGCACUGAGCUUUGGCAUUGGCCUGCAUCACGCUGGUCUUGUCGAGACCGAUCGAUCACUCUCUGAAGAGCUCUUUGCAAACAACAAGAUUCAAAUUCUCGUCGCGACCAGUACACUUGCUUGGGGCGUGAACUUACCGGCCCAUCUCGUCGUGGUAAAAGGCACACAGUUCUUCGAUGCAAAAACCGAAGGGUACAAAGACAUGGAUCUGACAGAUGUUCUGCAGAUGUUGGGUCGUGCUGGCCGUCCUCAGUUCGACGACUCGGGUAUCGCACGUAUCUUCACGCAAGACGCAAAGAAGGAGUUCUACAAGCACUUCCUGCAUACCGGAUUUCCCGUCGAAUCGUCACUUCACAAGGUGCUCGACAAUCAUUUGGGUGCUGAAAUCUCUGCCGGUACCAUUGCUACAAAGCAAGACGCAUUGGACUACCUAACUUGGACGUUUUUCUUCCGCCGUCUACAUAAGAAUCCUUCCUUCUAUGGGCUUGAGAUUUCGGCUGAAGAGCACAAUACGAUAGCUGCACAAUCCCUCGCAAACGACUACAUGGUCGAACUGGUGGAAACCUCUCUCAGUGAACUAGACGAGUCGUCUUGCGCGGUCGUAGAGCCAACAGGCGAAGUUGAACCAACUCCACUCGGCAAGAUCAUGAGUUACUACUAUCUCAGCCAUAAGACAAUCCGCUACCUUGUAAAGAAUGUCAAGCGCAACGCAACCUUUUCGGAUGCUCUUUCAUGGAUCUCGCACGCUACCGAGUACGAUGAGUUACCCGUUCGUCAUAAUGAAGACCUCAUCAAUGCCGAGCUGUCGAAAGCCCUCCCAAUCCCUGCAGACGACUUUGGUCUACCCAUGUGGGAUCCACACGUCAAGUCGUUCCUGCUCCUGCAAGCCCACUUCUCGCGCAUCGACUUGCCAAUAUCGGAUUACGUCGGUGAUCUGAACAGUGUAUUGGAUCAGAGCAUUCGUAUCGUGCAGGCAUCAAUUGAUGUGCUAACUGAACUUGGCUAUCUCUCUUCAUGCGAGAUGAUGAUCUCGAUCCUCCAGGCUAUCAAGUCCGCUCGCUGGCCAACCGACGGACCAUUGUCAAUUUUCCCAGGCGUGGAAGUUGACAAGGAGAAAAAACGUCUCGAACAUCCCAAAGCCAGUCCGAAGACACUGAUCGAGACCACCACUACAUCUUCCGCGGUGCUUGAGCGUUCAGCUAAAUUUGCUGGUGUCCCGCAUACUGGUAUUAAGCGCUUCAUCGAGCCGGUAUCUCGCCUACCCAUCCUGAAGCUCGAUCUAGGCAACGUCAACGCACUCGGUCUGGACUUCAGAAUCUCACGCCAGAACCCAGCUAGAAUGCAACAAGGCGGCAUACGCAUCUUUGCUCCACGCUACCCCAAGCCGCAGACUGAAGGCUUUUUCGCCAUCAUCUCGUACUCCAAUACCGACGAAAUCAUCGCUUUGAAGCGUGUCAAUUGGCCUGACCCUAAUAGGAACGGUGGUCAUGGACGAGGUGGGCGCGGCGCAAAUGCAUCUGGAGGCGCACACUCGAGAUUGCAGGCUUCUACCAAGGUCUCGCUGCCACCCGAGGCACAGGGUAAGAGGGUGGAUAUUAGCGUGCUGAGUGAUUCGUACCCUGAUAUGAGGUGGAAGAUUGAGGGUGUCGAAGUGCCUGAAGCACCUUUGGUGGAUGCUUACGGGAAGGGCAAGGAAAAGGCGUAG